AACUACUAAUGACACGCAGCGGAGGACCCUGAGCCCAGCUAUCGAAACCAGCGUAUGAUUUGGCCCUAGAGAGCUGCCGUAGACGUCAUGGCGUUCCUGGUAGCAGCUGUAUUGGCUAUUUUACUUGUAUGUUUGUUAUUUAUCGCCCGGUUAUAUGUUGUUGUGAAGACUGGAUCCAACUAUCAGCCGGGAACCAAACGUUCGGUCACUGUUCUCGUCGUUGCGGGAUCAGGUGGUCACACCUCAGAGAUCUUGCGGCUAAUGGAGUGCUUGUCUGCAGCCUACACACCUCGACACUAUGUCAUUGCUGACACUGACAGGAUGAGUGAGGAGAAAAUCACCACCUUUGAAAGCUCUAAACCACACUCAGACUCUAGGUCACAGUUCACCAUCUGUCGGAUCCCUCGGAGCCGGGAAGUGCAUCAGUCUUGGUGUUCCUCUGUUAUCAGCACCGUGAAUGCCCUGUGGUACUCUCUCCCUCUGGUGUUCAGACUCAGACCCGACAUGGUGCUGUGCAACGGUCCGGGGACCUGCGUCCCCCUGUGUGUGGCAGGACUCCUGCUUGGAAUUCUUGGAAUGAAGAAAGUCCUUAUCGUUUAUGUUGAGAGUAUUUGCCGGGUGCAGACGUUGUCACUCACAGGGAAGAUCCUGUACCCAAUAUCAGACUACUUCUUUGUGCAGUGGUCCUCUCUGAGGGACAAAUACCCCAAAUCCAUUUUCCUUGGAAGAAUAGUGUGAAAACAUCUGUUACACACAGGUACAAAGUAUACACAAAUGUAGGAUGAAACAUGUUGUAAUACUCUUGAAUAAACGCACAAUUCAAACAACAAACAGAGCAACAUACAACACCAGGGUAUACUUGGUGUUACUGUAUAUAGAAAACAUUGGUGUUAAAAGGGAAGAAAAUAUUUUAGUCUCACGCUGCACUGACAGGUGUCUUUAUGCUCCUGGUUGAAGAAUUGACAUGAAAAUGAACUUUGAAGUAUACUGCUGGAACAGUGAUGUCAGUCUUUGUGUCCAGCUAUGGUCCACAAGAAGCUUCUCGGCAGCUACUCUGGACGUUCUUGUUCCCAGAAGAUUAAUUCUGGAGUUUUCACUUUAGUACCGGAAACAAGACAAAUUUUCCACUUCGACACUAGAAAUCUCAAAAUCUAUUGGGAUCAUUGCUAUGACAUGAUCCUAAAUGCUCCCAAGAGGAGAAAGCCAUGUAUGUAUUAAGCACUGGAUACUGUAUACAAAAUGGCACAUGAUUUAUUUCAAUGUAAGUUGGUCACCAGGUACAAACAUUGUUUUACAAGUCGAAUUUUUCUGCCUACAGAUCAUAUACAUUAAUGUCUCUUUCUGGCUGGUUUGUCCACAAUGGAUGCAUUCAGGAACAGUAUUGAGUGUUGGCCACACUCAGAGCUUAACACACACACACACACACACACACACACAGUCCCUGUAGUUAAGCAUGCAAAAUGAAUGAAAAUAAAGUUGAAGCAUAGCGGAUGCACUAUUUUAAUCAAUACAUCUUUCUAUGCAGACCAUGUAAUGUCCUGUUUCACUUGUGUUGUGUGCACGUAAAUGCAACGUUUAUUUUUUUCCAUUUGAAGAUACAGUCACAUUUACACCAUGUCUGCACAAGAGGACAUACUGUUAGCACAUGAGCAGAGCAGCAGCUUCAGUGCUCAGUCUACAUAGGCUGCGUUCAGGCACUGUAUUGAGGUUUGGUCACCCAUGUAGGUAUUGGCAGCAGUCAGAUUCCAACACACAAUGACUGCAGUUGCAUGCAUAAAAUGUGUAAAAUAAAAUACAUGUAAAUGUAAAAAUAUGUUUUAGGUUUUUUACACAUGUAGCACGAGUGACUGACUGAAGUAGAAGCGUACAUAUCUGGUCUGUCAGUCGUGUGUGACAUGGAUGACAGUUUGUAGUCUAGUUGUGUAAUAUUGUACUGAACGUGGCAAUGAAAUACAAUGUAACUACAGCUUCUCAAUUUCCAAACAAGGUGCAUCAGGGUUCAUAGUUGAACUGAACCAGGAAAUCCAUUGGAGCCGACUGGACAUCACCCAUAAGAGAAAAUAUUGACUUGAAUAUGUCUGUUUUGGCCUAGUGGUAUGGUUAUUCAGAGAAUGUAAUGUGACUGCCCCCUGUGUGUAACUGUGUGCUGCUAAAUCAAGUGACCUACACACAGCACUGCAUCCUGUAUAGACACUGUGUGGACUGAAGCUGCUGUUGCUAGCGUGCAUCUUUCAUUAAGCAGGCUGCGUAUAUUGUGAAACAGCCUAAAUUGAUUAGAUUUACUGAUAUCAGAUAUUACAACUAGUGUUAGGUAAAUGAAAAGUACAACAGCUACAGUCAGACGUCAGUCAGGCAGAGAUCAGAGUUUAAACCAGGACUGAAGAGGUCAGAAGAUGUUUUCGUAAAAUUUAGCUAGAGAAGUUUUUGGGACAUUCAGCAUUUUUAAUGGUAAAU